CCAAGUGAAGCUGCUUUCACAAUCACGGCUCAGCUUCCCUUCCCACAGUACUCGCACUACUGUUUUCUUUUUCUUUUUAUUACAAAAGAACCACUUCAAGAAUCUCGGACUCUCUCUCUCUCUCUCUCUCUCUCUCUCUCUCUGCAUUGAAAAUCUUCGAUCCAGACGUUUCCGCGGCUGAUUUCAACCUCUUCUCCGAAUUUCAUUUUUUCCUUAAGUGAAAAGGAAGAUUCUAGAAAGAGUGUGUAUAGAAAUUUAUUGACGAACAUGGGGUUGAAGCCUCCUCACGAACAACAACAACAACACGGAUCGAAGUUUCAUCAUGAACAACAACAUGGAGACUUCAACGGCCCAUUCGGGAGAAGCAGUGAGUGGAGGGAUGAUGAUGUCGAAGAAGGGGAGGAUAGCAAAUGGACAACAGUAGGAAAAAACCCAAAGAGAGAACCAAAAGAGGAACGUCUCUUCCUUUCCGACUUUGUUUGUCAGUGGCUUCCCAAAGGGAUGGUUACCCAUCAACUUCUCACGUACGUUCGAUAGAGCUGGAGUGGUUAUGGAGGUCUUCCUCCCUCGAGAUCGUCCUUCUUCUAAAUUGAGGGGAUUUGCCUUUGUUCGCAUGGGAUCAGAAGAAGAGUUAGCCCGUGCUGUGAGGCUUCUCCAUUGUGAAAGCUUCGGUGGUAGGAAGUUUCUAGUUCAAAGAGCUAGGUUAUAUCAUUUGCUUAUGGCUGGUCAUGAUGGUCAGAAUGAACAUGAGUGGAUAGAGAGAGUGAAAUCUGAGGGGGCUGUUCCACUUCUGCAACCAGAUAAUUGUCCAGAUGGCUGGGCUUCCCCACCUGGUGAUAAGUUUAUGGUUAGAGGCCCCAACUAUUUUACUGACAGGGUUAAAAUUCCUGGCGGCAACUACCUUCUAAAGCCUCUUGGAUUUGAUUGGAUCAAAGGUGCCACUAAAAUAAGUGAUGUUCUAAACCACCCAAACAGCCGUGUGAGGAAGGCUAUUGACAAUGAAUUUGCCAUCGGUAAGAAGCCUUUCAUCUGGGCUUUCAAUUUGCAAGUCCCAAGUAAGGACAACUACAGCGCCGUUGCAUAUUUUGUAGCGCUUGAUCCUAUCCCCGAAGGUUCCCUCAUGGAUCGCUUUCUGAAGGGGGAUGAUGCAUUUCGGAAUUCGAGGCUCAAGUUGAUAGCCAACAUUGUCAAAGGGCCUUGGAUUGUGAGAACUGCUGUUGGUGAGCAGGCCAUCUGCAUACUUGGACGAGCUGUGUCUUGCAAGUAUUUCAUAAGGGAGAACUACAUAGAAGUUGACGUGGAUAUUGGAGCUUCAAUGGUUGCCAAUGCCAUUGUUCAUUUGGCGUUUGGUUACAUCACGACAUUGACCGUUGACCUAGCGUUUCUUAUCGAGGGCCAAACUGAAUUGGAGCUCCCAGAGCGAAUCUUGGGAGCUGUAAGGUUCUCAGAAUUGAAUCCAGCCUCUGCCAGGCCGAUUGAACCACCAUCUGAUGAAAAUUCUGGAAAUCCGCAGUCGUCCUUGCCUACGCGAUUGUGGAAGUCUAUCGGGCAAGGUUUCUCCCACCUCCUGCAGAAUGGUGUUCAAGAGGGUUCUGCCUCUUCCUCAGCACAUGUUAAUGGCAGUGCUCUUGACUUUGAUGGUGAUGGAGUCGUCAAGAAAUGAUCCAUUCAAUACUUGUAAUCCAUAUUAUGCUUGAGCAGCCUGCUGGAGAAACGAACCUUGGAGACAUUCGUCCCUCAGGAGAUGGGAAAAUUCAACUGCUGUAAAGACUCCUACACAUGGUUAGCGUCAGAGAUAUUUAUCUGUCCUUCCUCAUUUAUCAAACUUGAAGUGUAAUUCAUGAUCAAAGGCAUAUAUCGGCUCUGUAUUUCAUGAGCCUGAUGUCUUUGUCUGUCAAUAUGCAUUCGAAUUGAAUAAUUUACAUGUUUCACUGCUAAUACGGAUAGUGAUUUUUAUCUAAUUGUCAUAUGCUCUUUA